AUGGCGAGAGUACCCAAGAUACCAAAUGACACUACAGAUGUGGACGCAACAUCCGACAUCGCGGGCGCCAGAUUUACACUGACAGUACCAACCACACACACUAAUACUCAAUCUUCGAUUUCAUUACUUAUUGUACAGAAAUAUAUCACAAACGAAAUUUUUCUAAUAUUUGUUUUUUUCAGUGACAGUGUUUCAAGAAAGCCAUUGGUCGUUUGCUUAGAUAUAGGCACAACAUAUACGGGAUACGCGUACUCUUUUAUUAAAAAGCCUGACGAAAUAACGGUCCGGAAAUGGGCAUCAGAAGGAACCAUGUUGUCGCCAAAAGCGCCCUCUUCCGUCCUACUCACACCGGAACUAAGUUUUCACUCCUUCGGAUACGAUGCUGAGAGAAAGUUUUCAGAUCUGCAUGCAAAGAACGACCAUAAAUCGUGGAACUUUGUUAACGGUUUCAAAAUGGUCUUAAAUGAUAAAAAGAAAUUUGAUGCGAAUGUUUUGAAUGUCCUAGAUAUCCAAAACCACUAUGUCCCAGCUAGUGCUGUAUUUACAGGGGUUAUCAGAUACUUGAAAACUGACUUAAUGGAACAAUUAACGAGAAGGGGAUAUCACCUGGACGAGAGCAAUAUCCAGUUUGUCGUUACUGUUCCCGCGAUAUGGAGCGAAGCUGCUAAGCAAGCGAUGACAGACUUCUCCGUGAUGGCAGGAAUCCAGAAGGAAAAUCUGAUGAUAGCUUACGAACCGGAAGUAGCCGCACUGCAUUGUGUGUCCAUGCCGGCAAGCCAGGUUACAGUGAGGACUAGAGACAAUAUUGCUUUGAUGUUUAAACCUGGUUGUUCUUUCCUUGUUUUGGAUCUUGGUGGUGGUACUACCGACAUUACUGUCCAGAAGGUAGAAAGAGACGGAAAACUAAGUCAGUUACGCACAGCUUCCGGUGGAAAUUGGGGUGAAAAUUGUGUUAAUAACUCCUUCUUUGAUGAUUUAACCAAAAGUCUUGGACAGAAAGUUUUUCAGAAAUUCGUAACCACAAACUCCGGAGAUUAUUUUUAUUUGAAAAACCAAUUUGAAGUGGCAAAACGGAAUUUUAAAAAUGAUCAGGAGAUUGUGUAUUUGCAUAUACCUUCGUCACUUAAGAAGAUCACAAAGGAGGUCAAUGGGAAAAAAAUUGGAGACAUUUUUAAUGAGCUGGAGACCCACGAAAAGGUUUACUAUAGUGAAGGAAAGUUGAAUUAUGCUUCAGAGUAUUUCAAAAAGUUUUUUUCGUCCUCUGUUCAGUCAAUUGUAGACGAAGUAAAAAGAGUUUUAAAAAGUAAAAGGUGUAGUGAAGUUGAAUAUAUCCUAAUGGUUGGCGGAUUUUCUGAAUCAGAAAUUGUGCGCGAAAGCAUAAAAAUGGCGUUUCCAGAAAUUCGAGUUAUUAAUCCCGAGGAUGCAUCACUGUCUGUUCUGAAAGGAGGUGUGUUAUUUGGUCACGACCCAGAUACGGUGCGCUUUCGGGUUUGUCCACAAAGUUACGGAAUGGCAAUGCACGAGUAUUUCAACCCCAAAAAACACGAUUUAUCAAAGAGUUGCAAAGUUGGGAAUACUCAGUUUGCUGUAGGUUGUUUUGAGAAAAUUUUUGAAAAAGAUGAAAUCGUAGAAGUAGGACAGCAGAAGAUCGUGCGCGUUGCUGAAGAUUUUACCGGACAACCGGAGAAAAUGCGAACUCAAAACAAAGAAAUUGAAAUGUACGCUUCGGCGGCAAAAGAUCCAACAUUCAUAUCAGAUCCCGGAUGUACGCUGCAGGGCAUUAUAGUGGUGUCGCCACCUGGCGGAAGAUGGCCUGACAAAAUGAAAGGAAAGAUAACUUUUGAGGUCACUGUUACAGGAAUCAAUGUAUCCUUCAUGGACAGAAAUACAAAAUCUACAAGUGGGGGAGAAAUCAGAUUUUCUGAACCGAAACCACAAGCUGGAGAAAACCCUUUAAAUCGAUCUUUCAGAAAAGAUGACUUGUGACAACACUUUUGAAAUUUCAGACUUGCAAUUGUGCUAUUGAUUAUUGCAUCCAAUGCUAAUACCUUCUUUGUAUUUACAUAAAGCUCACAUAUUAUAUGUUAAAAUCUGCCUAGAUUUGCUAUUCAUGAAAGAACAAAUAUAACAAAAAAUUGAAAA